AGGGUGUUAGAAAAAUUUGUGCAUGGAAAAACAGAAAAUGGUUUUGUUCAGUGUUUCAAUAUGAUUUAAACCUAGUGCCAUUUCUUUGCGCAACUUUAUCCAUCCCUCUCUACAUAAACUUUUUUUACACCCUAUACAAAGAUACAGUAAAACAAGAUUUGUUUUUCUCACAUGUAAUGUUUUUUUGUACUGUUGUUAUUUUGUUGUCUCUUUGGUCUUGAUUGAUUUUUUUGUUUUUGUACGUGAAUUUCCAUCUUUAAUAUGUCAAAUAUUGUUUACAUUGGAAAGCCUUCUCGGUAUCAUGGAAAACAGAUCUUUGAAAUAUUGACUAAUUUGAAAAAUUUUGGCAUUGGAAGAAUCUUGGAGCGACGCUUGCCUAAUGCAAAGUAUCCCGAGAAAACGUUUUGUAUCAUUAAAGAAGCCUAUCCACAGAUGGAUGAGAAAUUAGCCUUUGGUCUAGUCUAUUGUGAACAUUAUUACAGAGGAGCUCGGAUUCCUGGUUUGACUGAAAUCUUAACUACUUUACCAGAUUAUCGUUUGGUACCUAAACAUGAAGAAGAAGCUUACUUAGAGAUUGCGAAAAACGCUCCUGUUUAUGGUAAAGAUGUGCCUCGUAAAGUCUUGCCUCAAUAUUAUAAAGUCCCACCCUUAAUGGCCGAGGUGAUUAAUAGGAGGAAGUUCAAUGAUCCACCAUGCAUAUACAUAAAAGGAUUGACCAAGCAAGAUUACGGAUACGAUUCAGAGAGUCUCACGCAAUUGAAAAUACCCUAUGUGUAUAAAUGGGGUCAAUUUGAUUCACUUGUAUACAAAGUGGCUGAUGAAGAUGCCGGUGAAAAGGUUCCAAGCAAACCAAGAAUAUUUAUUGAUAGAUUGAAACCUAAAGACGUAGCUCAAUGAUUCAAUUUAAUUUCUUCAUACAUGUAUGUUUAUUUGUGAAAAGAUUAUGUACAUUAAAUCAUCUUUACCAGUUACGAGUUUAACUGAAAAGACUUCUCUAACCUUUUA